CGUUCUUCGUUCACGUGAUCGUUGUACAUAAAACACGGGUAAAUAAAUUGAAGAUCAGUGCGUUUAGCAACAUUCAAACAAGGAAGAAACCUUAUAAUUAAGAAUGAGGAUGCAUUUAGGAAUUUGCAUUCUGGUUCUGGUCUUAGGUGCGGUCCCCGUUGAACCCUUGCCUAGGAGUGCUAGAGCUACGUCUUGCAAUUCCCAUAACACACAGAAUCAAUGCGCAAUAGCUGGUAUUUGGAGAAAUCAACUUCUUUCGGAGAUGACACUUACAUGCCAGAAUGGAACCCUCUCGGGCCACUAUUACAGCGCCGUUGGAAAUGCUGAAAAAGAAUACGAUCUUAUAGGACGAUACGUGCAGGUGAAUAGCACAGAAUACAUCGUAGGAUGGUCUGUUGCUUACAAAAACCAAUACCGAAAUGCUAGAUCCGUUGCAAGUUGGACUGGGGUAUACUAUGCAACUCACGGUAAUAUCAAGACACAUUGGAUUCUGGCCAGUUACGUGGAUCCAGAUAAUUAUCAGAAAACAUUUAACACAAAUCAGGACCAGUUUCAUAAAAUUGGAGAUCUGCCAUGUACGCAAGGUGUAGUUGGUUGA